AUGCCUCUGUCUGGCAACAUCCCUGUCCCCUUUUUCGAGGCUGGAGUCGAGACCAUCCAUACCGACCGCCCGGUGGUUGCUGGUCCAGUGUACCCCUCUGAGCUAGCCCGCCAGGAGGUCAUCAAGGCCACCAACUUGAAGGGCUGUUACGUAUGCAGCCGCUGCUACCGCGGCGGACUGGAUACCCAGCGGCUCUGUGACAGGUGCCGCGGUGUUGGCCGAACUGCCAGGGCCAACCGCGAAGCGGGCAACCCGCCCCAGGGCGGUACCUCUAUCGAAUAUCACAGAUCUCGCACGGUCGCAGAUUUCCUAGGCCAUGACCAGACUCACGGUUCCCCGAAAAGGACUUCCGUCCAGGGCCACCAGAUGAGAGUCAUUGGAAACGCCUCAACUGUCAGACGUCCCGUUCCGGGAGCGGCUUGUAAACUUCAAUUCCUACUCCCGGAGGAAAUCCCGGCUUUCCUGACGGAAACGUCAAGCUCUCCAACGUUGCCUCAGCUUCGAAGUGGCCCCACGCACCGGACGACAAAGGCAUCACCGACAACACUGAUGUCAACGACGACCUUGCCACUGCCCGGCAUCGGCGCCAAGCGUGUGUUUCAAGGACUUUCUUCCUUCAGGAAUUCCCUACAUCUCCGCAUCAGUGUGAAAGACACGACUAUCCCGACCGGUCAUACCGAUAUCGAGGUCCAGCACCCCUCUCAGCCAAAGUCCAUUACUGCUGAAAAAGAAGACACGUGCAAAGGGCCCAAAAACAAGAAGACAGCCGAAGGUCUCGACGACGGAGGGAAUGAAGGGGGUUGUGAAGGAUUCCACGGGAGUUGGAGUUGGCGACACUUUGGUGUCGAGGGCAUCACUGGCGUCAAAAACCGAGACGCCAGGAUCUGGAAUUUUGGCGGGCAGCCACAAGACAGUCUAGGGCAGGGUGGAGAAGAAGAAGAGCCAGCCCAAGAACUAAGGCGUGGAAAUCUCGGAGAGAAACUACCAGGCUUUGGGAUGGUGCCAAAUUGGCGAAGAGAAGAGGAGCAACCGAGUAGAAAGGACUUAGUCGACAGAGAGGUUGACGAGUAA